AUGGGUGAGGAGCAAUCAACCAAUAAUCCGAGUGGCAUUUUUGAUUCAGUAAAAGAUGUGAAAUUAUGUGCAGUUCGAGCUGUUGGUGAGGCAAAUGCUUUACCAAUGCGCAGUGAAGGUUAUGAAUUAUACGCAAGCUUUCCGGUGUAUGCCAAUCUUAUGAUGGAACAGCAAGAAAGGAUUAUUGUUAUGUUACGUGACGUAUUGCGGAAUGCUGGUUGUAGAAUUCCCAUACCAACAAGGAUUGACGAUCUCGAUGAAUUCCUAGAUCGAAUCGUUGAGGCAAACGAUAGCAUCUGCGAAAGAGCCGGUAUCCUACUGGAUUUGCUGCAAAAAGCUAGACGUAUGGAAGAAGUGGUUGUGCCACAGCAAGUUCUAGAUGCAGAAAGUACGGUUGCAUCUGAGCAAACACUAUUCGAGAGACAGGGACGUUACGCUGUACUUUUGCAGCGUUUACGUGGAAAUAAGGACAAACCGUUGUCAUCAACAGCUGUUACUGCCGUCCCUUUGCUGACGUCGAGAGAGAAACCACAGAUUGUUUUUGGGAUUGAGGUCGAUAAUAGCUUUGCGGAAUUUAAACCAAAGUUAGUAGAAAAGCAUCACGCUAUGGAAAAUAUGUUAACGAAUAUGCAAAUUGUUGAUAAUGACGAUAUCAAUAGAGCUACGUGGCUCAACGAUCAAGAAAUGAGCUUACAUCCUUAUGACAAAGAACUGAAACACUUUAAGAUUCCUGCUAGGCAGUUAACUGUCGGAAUAGUUGAACCGCUAAAAACACUGUCAGACACUGAAUUGAUAUAUAUUGAUAUGGUAGAGAAAUUAAGAAGUUUGCGAGAUACUUUGAACAAGGAGCGAGAAUUUAGUGUAGAUCUUGAGCAUAAUGCGCAGCGCUCGUUCCUUGGAUUAACUUGUCUGAUGCAAAUUUCAACACGUCAAGUGGAUUAUAUCAUUGAUCCUUUUCCGUUGUGGAAUGAAAUGCAUAUUCUAAAUGAACCCUUUACUGAUCCAAACAUACUAAAGGUUUUUCACGGGGCAGAUUCGGAUAUUAUUUGGUUACAGCGAGAUUUUGGCAUUUAUGUUGUUAAUAUGUUUGACACCUAUAAAGCAAUGAGAGUGCUUAAUUAUUCUAAAUUUUCUUAUCAGCAUUUGGUUCAAACUUGUUGCAAUCAUACUUUGGACAAGAAAUUCCAAAAAGCUGAUUGGCGUCUAAGACCACUUACUAUUGCUCAUAAAACUUACGCCAGAAAUGACACUCAUUAUUUGUUACAUUGCUAUGAUCAACUCCGUAAAAAACUUCUCGAUCAGGGGAAAAAUCUUCUUGAAUUUGUUUACAGUGAAUCCGUUCAAACAUGCCUUACUGUUUAUAAAAAGCCGACGUUUGAAAAUGAUGGAUAUGAAAAAUUGUUAGUGGGAAGGAAGCCUUUGAAUUCUCGUCAACAGUUUGCUUUAGCGGCUUUGUGGAAAUGGCGUGAUGAUCGUGCAAGAGCAGAUGACGAAAGCCCGCAGUAUGUCCUGCCGUGUCACAUGAUGCUACAAAUUGCCGAGGUACUUCCUCGGGAAAUGCAAGGCAUUCUGGCAUGCUGUAGCCCCGUUCCUGUGCAUGUUAAACAAGAAUUGCAUGUUUUACAUCAAAUCAUUAAUACAUCACGUGAUCAGCCACUUGUAAAGCGUUCGAUUUAUGCACCAGAUAUUGGUUCAUUAACUUUGGAAGGUGGGACAUCGCAGUUGAAUAAAAUGAAUGCAGUUAAAGCAAUGUUGAGAUGUCACUUGGAUUUUUCAUCAACCAAGUAUAAUGAAGAAAUUCGCGAUAUUAUCACACAGGAGGUUGACAAAGCGAUAUGUGAGGAUGGCGCGGUAGCAGGUAGUGGUAAUAGUUUGCUUUCCACAGAACUUUAUACAAUUGGUGAAGAUAAUAAAAAGGAAAGUGAACGCUUAAAUAAAGUCAUGAAGAAAUUAGAAGACUGGGCAACGCCCUAUGAAUGCUAUCGGAUUGCUAUGAUUGAACGAAGUUCGAAGGCAAAAGGAGAGAGCAAAGAAAAGGAGAAAGAUGCAGUAAAAAGUGAGCAAAAUACAUCAGAGGAGAAGAAAUUAUGGUCGCAUCUCGAUUCGGCUACAAAUAAAAUUGGAUUUACUGAACAGAAAGUAGCAGCAAGUGAACUGCAAAUGGAAAGUGAGCAGAGAAAAAACGCUGAGGGAGAGAUCUACGAGGAAAUGACUUUAACAAAAAAACAAUUAAAGAAAAGGCGAAAACGAGAAGCGGGUGAAAUCAGUAUCGCGACGGAGGCGGGUGAAAUACGAAAAGAUGGUACAGAUAUGAUAAAGAAGCGAGGUCGAAAAAGUAACUGGACUGAUGCAUUGGAGAAAUGUGAACAACGAAUUGAUUACAGUACUUUUGGUCCUGACAUCUUCAAUAAAAGUGUUGUACCGACAUCUGACUCGUAUGUUCCAUUUAAAGAAUGGAAACAUGGAAAAUCGAAAUCUCAUCGUGGCCGCCGAAUGAUGCAAAGAGGACGAAAGCUAUAA